AUGUCUUCUGUAUCGUUGAUGUCACCCUCAGAUGCGCUUGUGUCGGUAGCGGAUCACAUUCUUGAUUCGCUCACUGAUUUGAACAAAUUGGAGUACAACAAGAAAGGCAGAAAGUACAGAUUUGUCAAUAACAACUUCCAGCGUGUUCGUGAGGAAGAUAAACAUCUAGUCAUAUGUCCUGAAGACCCCCUGCUCAAUUUGGCUGUAAUCUCGGCUUUCUUUAUUCUCUUCAAUAUUAACAACGGAGAUAUUCUCCAGAGGUAUCCUGACUUCUGUCUCAGUAUUAUUGGAGUAGCCCAGAAACUUGAAAACGAAGGCUGGACUGAGGAAGAAAAUUCCUCUGUGGUCCAUUACAAAAAUGCUCGGUUUGAUCCCUUGCCGGCCAAGGAUAUCGCCUUGCAGUAUUUAGAAGAAUACCGUAUAGAACAGAAACAUAUUGAAAUGGGACUCAACUUGAUGCUUUGCUCGAAGUUGAAUUUUCUUCACACAGACCAUCACAUAGGCACCAAACUUGAAGGAUAUUAUAUGAAACACUAUGUGAGCGAUUACUUCGGUGCGGAUGCUCUUGAAUCGCCAGAUGUAUUAGUUGCACUCAAGAGUUUUGUACAUUGGGGGAACAUCAAAGGAUUUUUGUACAAAUUGGGAGUACCCAAUGUCAGUGUAAGUCCUGAAUUAGUAGAGAAAUUCUCGACUUUCCCGGAACCCUCAGACGAGCUCAAGGCUAGUGUAUACGAUCGCUACCCCAGUGGAACAUCAAAGUAUUCGCUUAUCCGAAAGUCGGUAGAUAUUUUGGGAGAUUGGCGUUAUUCCAAACUUAUGCCAUAUCCCAGCUCUACGCAAUUCGAUUUGACCUGGCUUUACACAUUGUGUCACGACAUUGAAAACGAUCCAAUUAGAUAUCAUUUGCGGUCAAAGGCUAAGGGAUUGUGUGAGGAUCCAGUCAACUUGGCUGAACUUUCGAGUCAGCACAGCAAACAAGUCAAGAGUCUUUUAGACUUUAUUUCUCUUCUCAUCAACGUGUUCCAUGAAACAGGAGGUGAAUUCUUGCUCCAGAACUCCAAGAUUCCCAAGUUCACCAACGACUUGAUUGAGAAAAACAAAGAUUACUAUCAGAAGUUGCUCAAAGUUUGUGACAGCAUUGACAGCUACGAAGAGAAGAAUUGGGACUCGGACGAUAUUGUUCUUCGGUUAUUGGGUAAUGUGGAAGGAGAGAGCCUUUACGAUGUUGUGAUGGGGAUGAGGCAAAAGUUCAUUGACGAUUACGAGUGA